AUGAGAGCUAGCGCUAGUGCCUAUACUACCGCACCGUCUAAUCCACCAUCUGUUCAUCAUGAACCAAACUCCAGUGUCUUCAGAAACUCUAUAGAACAUUCACAGAGCCUUACUUCUAAUAACAGCAUAGUUAACACUGUUUCAUCACUAUCAAGAGAUAGACCUAGUAAUGAGGCAGGACCCAUGGAAUCAUAUGAUAGUCUUAACCUGCAGAACCGUUUGGAAAAUUUUAAACAUUGGAGUGUAACAACAUUCAAAUGUACAAAACAAAUGAUUGAAGAAAAACUUGGGACAGCAAGUGUAACUUGUGAUCAAGAAUUAGAGGAUCGAAUUUCCAUGUUUAGAAAUAUGCAUCAACAGUAUAAAAUAUUGCAUAACCUCGCUGAAAAGUUAGCUAAUAGUUUUCGUGAAACUAUUCAUCAUCAACGUGCAUUUACGAGUCAUAUGACUGCUCUAAUUGUACAGCAACCUGAUUUAAGCAGUGAAUUCACUUAUAAUACAGAAACCCAACGUAUUGUUAUAUCAAAUGGAGAAAAAUUAUUGGCAUCAUUAAACCAUUUUGUUAAUUCUUUGAACACACUGGUUAGUCAUACAUUUGAAGAUACAUGGAUUACUGUUUCUAGUAUGCAGUCGGCUCGUAUACAAUAUGAUGCUUAUCGUAACGAAAUGAACCAAACAAAAAGUAAAAAACCUAAUGUUAAUAAUAAUUCUGACACUGUCACACCCACUACGAUUACAGUGUCAGGGAACUCAUUUGCCACUGACUUGAGUCACGAUAAUCAUAAUUUACAAUCACGAUUAGAUGCAGCUUGUGAACGGUAUUCCCAAUUGAGAAAAGCUGUUCUAUGUAAAUUGGAAUUUUUACAAGAAAACAGGUUGCGUGUUAUGCAACACCAACUAGUGCUUUUGCAAAAUGCAACAUCAGCAUUCUUCUCUGGAAAUAAUCAACAAUUGGAUCAAAUUUUAAACCAGUAUAAAAUCAAAUUGUCAACUACACAAAAUGGGAUUAGCCAUUAA